AUGCCAGUUAAAUUGGAUAAACUCGAUUUAUCAAAAUACGUUAUAAUCCUUACCGGCUCAACCGAUGGCAUUGGUAAGGAAAUGGCAAGAAUUUUAGCCGGAUUUAAUCCCAAGCGAUUGGUUUUACCAGCUCGUAACAAAGAAAAAGCAAACAAUUUAUUAGAAUAUAUUAAAUCUUCUAAUGAACAUGUAAAUAAUGUUGAAAUUUGGGAAAUGGAUUUGGCCGAUUUACAAAGUGUAAAAGAUUUUGCUAAUAAAUUCAUCAAGGAAGUUGGAGAAUUACAUAUUUUAAUUAAUAAUGCAGGUGUAGGCUUACAAGGUCAAGUCAUUAAAACGAAGGAUAACUUGGAAAUACAAUUUCAGGUCAAUCAUUUGGCACAAUUUUUACUCGCUUUAUUGUUAUUGGAUACGAUGAAAAAAUCAGUUUCUGCCGAAUUACCUGGAAAAAUUGCAUUACUUAGUUCAAAUGUUCAUAAAGUUGGCGAAAUUGAUUUCGAUAAUUUAAAUCUUGAAAAAGGCGCCUACUGGAAUCCUCUUAAAUCUUAUGGGAAUACUAAAUUGAUGAAUGUUAUUAUUGCCAAAGAAUUAAGUCGUUUGGUUCAAAACGAAAAUAUUACAACAUAUUCGAUUCACCCUGGGAUAAUUCAAACAAAUAUUGGUCACUUGAAUGGCGCCUUCGCGAACUUUCUAGCUAAAAUUUUUAUAAAAUUAUCUGGAUCUGAAAUAUCAGCCGAACAAGGUGCCACCAACGUUCUUUAUCCUAUAUUUUCUCUCGAAAAUAAAGGAACAGGAAAAUAUUACAAUGAAGGAAUAGAAGAGGAGCCAAAUACAAUUGCAAAUGAUCAAGAAAUUGCAAAGAAACUAUGGGAUGUUUCUAAACAAAUAUUGAAGGAUCAUGAAAUGAUUUAA